AUGACUUUGAUUCAACGGGAAAGACAUGUGACGAGUGCGGCAAGAAAUCUUAUAAAUGUGUUAAAUGUGUCGGGUAUUCGCCCUAGCCAAACCAUGAGUCUUUUUAGCAAUAUGCAAGGUGGAGUAAGUAAUGUUGGUUUUGGUAGCCAAAAUAUUAGGAAUGUAGUGCGGGAUGAGCGGAAGAAAAAGAUACAAGUGAGUGAUGCUCAAGCGGGUUUGGAUUUGUUAAGUCGUCUUAAAGAGGAAGGCGGUGGGAAGUUUUUUGUGAAAACUCAAGUGGAUGGAGAAAACCGUUUGAAAAAUCUAGUAUGGGUGGAUCCUAAAUGUUUGAUGGCCUAUAGUAAUUUUGGAGAUGUUGUUGCUUUUGAUACGACAUACCGAACGAAUAGGUAUGCCAUGCCAUUUGUGCCUUUUACAGGGGUCAAUCAUCAUUACCAAUCUGUUCUUUUUGGAUUUGCACUCAUGAGGGAUGAAGUAAAAAGUAGUUUCGAAUGGGUGCUAAGAACAUGGUUUGAAGCGGUUGGCGAUAAACACCCGAACGCUAUAAUCACCGACCAAGAUCAAGCUAUGGCGGGGGCAAUUGCAUCCAUACUACCCCAAACCCGACAUUUGUUGUGUUCUUGGCAUAUAAGCCAGAAGUUCCCCGAAAAAUUGAACACCCUUUAUAUUAAGCAUCCGGGAACAUUCAAUGUAGAUUUCAACAAAUGCAUAUACCAUUCAUUGACGGAGGAUAUUUUUGAGGAGAGGUGGAAAGAUUUAGUGGUGAAGUAUGAUUUGAAAGAUCAUUCAUGGUUGCAAGGAUUGUAUUUGUUGAAGGAGAAAUGGAUCUCGGCCUAUACUAAGAGUACAUUCUCUGCGGGUCAGACCACGACAUCCAGGAGCGAGGGAAUGAAUGCAUUCUUUGAUAGCUAUGUUAGUUCUAGUACAGGAUUGAAGCAAUUUGUUGAGAAUGCACAAAAAGCAAUUGAAAGACAAUUUAUGCGGGAGAAGGAGGAGGACAAUGACACAAAGAAUAAAACCCGUUACUUGAGGUUGAAGACGGCUUUGGAACAAGACGGGGCUUCCAUGUAUACCAAGGAGAUGUUUCGCCAAUUUCAAGUUCAAUUGGUGGAAGCCUCUAAAUACUUUGUCGAGAAGGAUACAGAUCAGUUCACGUCAGGGGAUGAAGUCACACAUUAUAGGUGUUUUAGACCCCUGACCGAAGUCGACAAAAGAACAAUGUAUGAAGUGAAAUUCAACAAAGUGGCCCUGACAGGAAGAUGUGUGUGUCGGAUGUAUGAACAUUUAGGAAUCCCGUGUCGACACAUCAUUGCCGUUUUAAACAAGAAAAAUGUUGCCAAAAUUCCAGUAACAUUUAUUCAACGUCGUUGGACUAGAGAUGCUAAUAGGGUAGAUGGUAUGCUACCUUAUGCUAUGGGUUGCGAUGAUCCAACAUCUACAGAAUUGACACCAACUCAAAGAUUCAACCAUAUGACUUUGUUAACAAUGAGUUUUUGUCAUAGCAGCAUGGUUUCGAAAGAAAGAUAUGAGUAUGCCCUAGAGGUGAUGAAUCGAGAAAUUGCAAAUCUUGAGAAAAUGGCUGUUGAUAAUGUUGAUGCUGCUCCUAAUACAAAUACUGAGAAUCCCAUUGAAGAGAAUAUUGGUGACGAGUUGAACGAGCCGGUACUUGAUCCUAUAGUGUCUCAAACGAAGGGUAGGAAGAAGCCACAACAUUUCAAAAAUCCAAUUGAAGGCCUUAAUAAGAAAAAGAGGAAAUGCAAGCAAUGUCAUGAAGAAGGCCAUGAUAUAAGGACUUGCAAAAAAUUUGGAGACCAAAAUAAGAGUUGUUAG